CAUUAGCUAUGGAGGCGUGGCCUUAAAUUACGUUUCGUUUCGAGGCGUGUCAAGGCGAUCAAAGUACAGUACAUUUUUUCUCCCACUGUCUCGAAGCUACAGUGGACACGGUUGUCGGUAGGCUAAUAUUACAGCAACAAAGCCAACGGGAUGCAGGGUAGGCAAAUCGACUGACAAUCGCAGGAGUGAGGAUACCAGGGAGAGGGGGUUUUAACGGUAUUUCUCAGGUAUAGGCUGUAGAGCCUACAUGUUUUAGAACAGACAAAAAUAGAAGACAAAAGGACAAACGGGUCAUAUUUUGCUGGCUCGAAAAGUCGACUCGCUUUCAGUUUGCAACAAUGGAAUUAAGUUUUAUAUUGCCUGCUAUUCUUUUCACCCUGUUCGCUAUUAUUCUGGUGACAACAUUGUUCAGUACCAACGAUACUUCGACUGUCUCGUCCUCUGGCACUGCUGCAUCCAAAGCGUAUCACUCAGGGGAGGGAUCUUUGGCGCAGUCCGGGAGAGAGGUGGUGAAAACGGGAUUAGCUAAAUCAGGACCGUCGGUAAAUCUUACGGAGAAACAGGGGACAGCAGCAGGGCUAACCUUAACGGACAAAUCGGAGGAGGACAGUGAAUGUCGAUCUGUCGGAAAAAUAAUGGAUCCGGUGGCAGCGGACAGAAGGACAGUUGAGGAGGAGGGGCUGCCCGCUGCAGAAGUUAGGACCCAUGCUGCUCACGAGAAAAAGGUGAAAUCUGGCAUUAUGUCUGGCCAACGGUACUCGACCUCAAACACUGCCUCAGCGCCAGUGGAUAUUCCAGGUAGAGACUUUGGUCACCUACAAUUCCCUGAGGGGGGGUCGUUACUGUGCCCUUUCUCCUACCGACAGACAGGGGGUGCCACAGAGAGCCCAGAGUACAGCAACGCAGAUAUGGAGGAAGUGGAAGUGCCCCUGAAAUACGUCCCCGGCAUGCUGCGGACCAGCCAGAUGGAGAAGAUGAUGACCAAAGAGGAGCUGGAGGAGGAACAGAGGGUGCAACGGGAGCAGCUGGCAGCCAUCUUCCAGCUGCUGAAGGAGAACCAGGAGACGUUUGGGGAGGUGUCAGAGGGAGACGUGGAGGAGCAGCUCAGACUCUACUCCAUCUGAUCCCCUACUCACACCCUACUACAACUGACUACAACAUCUGAACCCCUACUCUACUCACACCCUACUACAACUGACUACAACAUCUGAACCCCUACUCUACUCACACCCUACUACAACUGACUACAACAUCUGAACCCCUACUCUACUCACACCCUACUACAACUGACUACAACAUCUGAACCCCUACUCUACUCACACCCUACUACAACUGACUACAGCAUCUGAACCCCUACUCUACUCACACCCUACUACAACUGACUACAACAUCUGAACCCCUACUCUACUCACACCCUACUACAACUGACUACAGCAUCUGAACCCCUACUCUACUCACACCCUACUACAACUGACUAUAACAUCUGAACCCCUACUCUACUCACACCCUACUACAACUGACUACAGCAUCUGAACCCCUACUCUACUCACACCCUACUACAACUGACUACAACAUCUGAACCCCUACUCUACUCACACCCUACUACAACUGACUACAACAUCUGAACCCCUACUCUACUCACACCCUACUACAACUGACUACAGCAUCUGAACCCCUACUCUACUCACACCCUACUACAACUGACUACAGCAUCUGAACCCCUAAUCUACUCGCACCCUACUACAACUGACUACAACAUCUGAACCCCUACUCUACUCACACCCUACUACAACUGACUACAUCUGAACCCCUACUCUACUCACACCCUACUACAACUGACUACAGCAUCUGAACCCCUACUCUACUCACACCCUACUACAACUGACUACAGCAUCUGAACCCCUAAUCUACUCGCACCCUACUACAACUGACUACAACAUCUGAACCCCUACUCUACUCACACCCUACUACAACUGACUACAGCAUCUGAACCCCUACUCUACUCACACCCUACUACAACUGACUACAACAUCUGAACCCCUACUCUACUCGCACCCUGCUACAACUGACUACAUCAUCUGAACCCCUACUCUACUCACACCCUACUACAACUGACUACAGCAUCUGAACCCCUACUCUACUCACACCCUACUACAACUGACUACAACAUCUGAACCCCUACUCUACUCGCACCCUACUACAACUGACUACAACAUCUGAACCCCUACUCUACUCACACCCUACUACAACUGACUACAGCAUCUGAACCCCUACUCUACUCACACCCUACUACAACUGACUACAACAUCUGAACCCCUACUCUACUCACACCCUACUACAACUGACUACAACAUCUGAACCCCUACUCUACUCACACCCUACUACAACUGACUACAACAUCUGAACCCCUACUCUACUCACACCCUACUACAACUGACUACAGCAUCUGAACCCCUACUCUACUCACACCCUACUACAACUGACUACAGCAUCUGAACCCCUAAUCUACUCGCACCCUACUACAACUGACUACAACAUCUGAACCCCUACUCUACUCACACCCUACUACAACUGACUACAGCAUCUGAACCCCUACUCUACUCACACCCUACUACAACUGACUACAGCAUCUGAACCCCUACUCUACUCACACCCUACUACAACUGACUACAACAUCUGAACCCCUACUCUACUCACACCCUACUACAACUGACUACAACAUCUGAACCCCUACUCUACUCACACCCUACUACAACUGAC